AUGUACUUCUUUUGUCUCGCCGCCUCUCUCCCCCCCUCCGCCUCUCCCUUCCCCUUUCCCUUCAUUCCCGUCCCCCCUUCCUCCCCCCCACCACGUCCUCUACUUCAUCCGCCUCCCGGCCUAUCUGUCGUUUACUUCAUCCGCCUGGCUGCUUUUCUGCGCUCUGCGGGACCGCUGGUGGUUUACUUCAUCCGCCUGGCCGCCUAUCUGCGCUCGCUGGGUCCCUUGGUGCUCUGGAUUGUCAUAGAGGCGCCGCUUAAGCCCUCUCCACCCCUCUCCACCCCUCUCCACCCUCCCUCAUGCCUCCCUGGGAAGACAGAGGAGACGGCGGAGCUGCUGAAGCAGCACGCGGGGUCGUGCCUGCCAGCUGGCGACGCCAGCUGUCGGCGAAUCAACUACGUCCACCUGGAGACCCGCCGGGUGGAGACGUCCAAGUGGAACAAGGCAGUGCUGCAGCGCAACACCGCGCUCGACUUCAUUCAGGAGAGGCGCAUUCAAGGCGUCGUUUACUUCAUGGACGAUGACAAUGCGUACCUCCCUCAGCUGUUUCUCGAGUUUCAGAGCAUAAAAAACGUGGGUGUGUUCCCCGUCGGCUUCCUCUACCCGGACGAAUACUCGAGGCGGAACCGGCAUAUACACCACACGCCCAUGGUAGAGAGACCGCUUGUAAAGAGGACGGAGAGCGGGGGCCUGCAGGUGUACGGGUGGGAGACGUUUGAGUGGUUCAUCUCAAAGGCCAGGCGGAAAUUCAACGUUGACAUGGGAGGAUUUGCGUUCCGCUCGGAGCUGCUCUGGCAGAACCGCACAGACAUGCAGGGCUACCCACCCACACCACCCUGUGCACACCUUUUCCUUUAUGCUACUCCCCCCCCCGCCCUCAUCCCCCCCUUCUUUCCCUCUUCCCCCCAUGGUCUUCCCAGCUCUGAGCUGCUCUGGCAGAACCGCACAGACCUGCCGGGCUACCCACGCCACCCGCUGCGAUUCGAAGCCAGCUGGCAAGGCCAACUGGAAGCCACGUUUUUAAGCCGACUGGUUCCAGAUGCGAGUUAUUUGGAGCCAUUAGCUAAUGGAUGCACACUAGUGCUGGUGUGGCACCUUCACGUGGAGGCAAACCGGCAACACAUGUACCCCAUUGGCUGGAGAGUGCCUCAACCCGUUGACCUUGAGCCUGCAGAUGAAUAUGACACAUGGCGGUUUAUCAUUGGUCGGCAAAGGCACCGGAUUAGGGGCCUAGGCCCGAAGGACAUGCCGUUUACUUACAGACCAUAA